AUGUUCAAAAUCCGUGAGGGAUACAUAGUUGUCUUUCACAAACCUCAACGGUCACUCAUGCUGCGUGACGUGGUAGGAACAGUAGGUGUAUUAGUUCCGGUAAAGGACCUUUCCAAGAAUAGAAGGUCUGUAGCUUCCAUUAUUGCAACUCAUCUCUUAACCCGCCUGUCCCAAAUAAAGGUCUGCGAGUGUGGCUACUUACUCUCGGUCACCAAAUUGCUCAACAUAUCACGCGGCCAAAUCUCGUUCGGCUCCAAGCAAAUUAUUUUUACAGUUGAGUUCCGUUGCAGAACCUUUUUACCCGUCCAAGGUGAGAUAAUGAAUGGGGUCGUGCACAGGAUAAUGAGGCACGGCGUUUUUCUAAGGUCCGGGCCCAUGAACAUUAUAUACCUGUCUCUCAGGCUGAUGCCGAAUUACCAUUUUGUCUCUGGCGAGAAUCCGGCCCAUGUUCGGGAGGACAUGUCUAGGGUUGAGAUUGGUGUGGUGGUUAGGUUCAUGGUUUAUGCUGUUAGGUGGGUAGAGGAUGAUGAGCUGAAGGAGGCCAGGGUGCUGGCGAGUAUAGAUGGAGAUGGGCUGGGCCCACUGUCUUUGAACGGGCUUGAUGGGAAAAAUAAUGGGAAGAACUUGGAGAUGAUCAAUUUUGUUGCAGGGAUUUUUGGUCACUGUGAUUUUCAAGCUCUUGAAACCGAGACAUCAAACCAUUUGGCAAGAUCUAUUGAGUUUGCUAAGAUCACAAUCCAGAAGACGAAUUAUAUCAUCAACUGCGAUGGCACGGGCAUCGAGAAGGCAAUCGUGGUGCAACUCCUCAACGACUUUGCCACAAAAAAGGCUUCCCCAAAUAUGGGCUACUUUAUGGCUGUGACAACCCUGGAUCGUGUGGGCCCAGGGAUGUUGGGCCAAGAACGGCCCACUAGCGUCCUUUUCCCUGUGGAGUUCACAUGCGUGACCUUCAAGAUGCUUGUGGGGGAAGUACUCGAUGGGGUUGUCCACAGGGUAAUGAAGCACGGGGUUUUCCUGCGUUGCGGACCAGCGGAUAAGGUGUACCUCUCCCAGCGCAAGAUGCCGGGCUUCGACUUUGUUCCUGGAGAGAACCCGUAUUUUGAGGAGGAAGGGACUUCUAAGAGAGUCGAAAAGGGGACAAAGAUCCGCUUCUCAGUGAUUGACCAGCGGUAUGACGAGGCUGACAAGGAUUUCAAGGCCAUUGUCAGUGCUGACAUGGAAGGCCUUGGGCCCAAUGGAGGCUGUGAUUUUUUCUCUUGGGUCGACCCUCCUACCUGUGACCGGCCUGAAAAAAUCAUGCCUGGGUUAGUGAAGAAGAUGAAGGCCCUGGAGAGAGCAAAUGAAAACUUCAAAUUUGAGAAUACCAAAUUGGAGGAGAAGGUUGAAAAACUGAAGGAGAAGAUUGAAAAAUUGCAGAAAAAAGUUGAAAAAUUGCAAGCAUUGAACAAGAGGUUGGUUGAAAAGAAAGAAAAAAUGGAGAUGAAAAUGGGGUUUGCAUUGGCUAUAGCAACUUUGUUGUGUGUAUUUUUGCUAUAUAGAAUUAGGUGA